GGCCCCGCGCAGCCGCCGUGCGGGCAGGGCGCGCCCCGCCGCUGGUGGGCUGGGCCUGGCUGGGCCGGGCCGGGCCACGCCAGGCCGGGCGGUGGCAGCGCGGCUGCCAAGGCGGAGACAGCGCGGGCCAGGCGUUGGGUAUGGCUCCGGCAGCGACGGGCGGGAUUCCGCCGACUGCUCCCUCGCUGGGCCCGGCGGGUGUCUGGCCGGGCAACCGCUCUGCUCUCGGUAAUGGAGAGUUUUUCCAAUUUUUGUCAAGCUAUGACUUACAGACAACUACUUUGACAACUAAAACUGAUGGCAAUGAUGGCAAGGCUGAACACCUAGAGUAUAUCGCCUUUGCAUUGGUUCCUGUUUUCUUCAUCAUGGGUCUCCUGGGGAUCCUGAUCUGUCAUGUCCUUAAGAAAAAAGGAUAUCGUUGUACAACGGAGGCUGAACAAGUAGAAGAAGAAAAGCUUGAUGAAAAAAUAGAAAUGAAUGAAACAAUACAUGAGAAUAGCGACACUGUGGGACAAAUUGUUAACUACAUUAUGAAAAAUGAAGCAAAUGCUGAUGUGUUAAAGGCCAUGGUAGCAGAUAGCAGUGUCUUUGAACCUGAAAGCCCUUCAUCUCCUACCUCUCCUGGGAGUCCAACAAGUCCAGGAUCUCCUUUGUCACCUGGUGUUGUUCCAUUUAAACACAGCUGCAAAGGCCAUCACUUCCAUACUGUUGGAGGAGCAAUAGAACAGGAUGUUUGUACUCGUUGUAGCCACAAACGAUGGCACCUCAUAAAGCCGGCUCACAAAUCUAAAGAGCACCGAAGAAGUCGUAUUGGAGAAGUUACAGUCCUUUCUGUGGGAAGAUUUAGAGUCACAAAAGUGGAGCACAAAUCAAAUUCCAAAGAACGGAAAAGCUUGAUGUCUGUUACCGGUGUGGAGAGUAUCAAUGGUGAUAUGCCUGCCACACCUGUGAAACAGGAGGACACUGAGGUGCCUGCCGCACCUGUGAAACAGGAGAUGCGAGAGAGGAGAAGCUCGGAGUGAACUGCAGGUAACAAACAGUGGGAACUCGUGCUGAAAGUUGUAUGUUGUCAAAUAAGUGAAGAUAAUCGAUAAAGAGAAAUGAAGUUGGAAAUGUAUCAGUUCUGUGUGAAAAGUCACCUUUCAAUUUAAAAAGUUUCUACAGAAGUUUGCAAAAAUGAUAUUUGCUUCCUCAGUUAAUAAUACAUUUGUAAAGGCUAAAUUAUCCACCAAAUUCUUAUCUAAUUGUUUAUUUAGACUUUGUAAUGAGACUAGAUGUUGAAAUAAAAACUCUUUGUGGAGGGUUGCAUCAGUGGUCCAAGAAAUAAACGUUUGCAUAUUAAUUCUUGCAAUAAAUGAUGGUUCAGAUUUAGUGGCAAUGUGCUUAUUACCCAGAAGAAACAAAUGCUGCUGACAGCUGCAUCAGUGGAAUAACUUAAGUCCUUCCUUAUGCUUGCUGCCUUGUACUGUGUGCUUUUAUGUGAAUGACUGCUUACAAGGUACUUCUCUGAUAGAUCAGUGGAGCUUUGGCUAAUAAGAAUGGAGACACAUGAAAAUGCUCAUAUCAGAGGGAUCUGGGUAGGUUACUAAGUCAGGAGGCUGGGGUUUUCUUGUGUGUCAUCAAAGUACAGUGAAUUGCUUGAGGUACCCCAUUAAGCAUGUCAACGUGUCCAGCAUGGCUUUGGAAUGCACUCCUGACUUCUUUUGGUUUGGUUCUGGAUUUGGUUUUUGGUUUGUGUGGUUUUUUUUGGUGGGUUUUUUUUUUUUUUUUUUUGGUAACAGUUGGAGGGAAAAGCCCCUGUAAGUCAGUGUGGUUUGUUUCUAACUGAUGACACACUGACUUGAUCAUCUGAAGGGGAAAGGUGAUUUGAAUUACCUUUAGGUAAUUCAAAUACAGAGCUUUCCCAUUGGGAAGAAAAGGAUUCUGGGGUGACAAAGGCACUGGAUUUGAAGACAUUGAACAAAGUGCACAGUGCCAAAUUCUCUGUAUGCUGCGAGAGCGGAUAAAGUUAUGUUGUGUCAGCUCAGUCCAUUUCAAACUCUUAGUAACUUCAAAUAUGAUGAAAACGCACCAGUGGAAAUUGUGCAUGUUUAAAAAUGUAACAAGACCCAAACCCCUUUGAGUGUCUUGAGGUUAAAUUCUGAAGAGCCAAGGUUUGCGAUGUGUCUUUUCUAUCUGUUUUUUAUUCAUUAAGAAGACAUUCUGUAAUUGUAUCAAUUAAGAAAGGAAGACAAAGUAGAGACCUGGUAUGCAAUGGGAUACUUCCUCCCAACCAUUAUUGGCAGCACAGUUAUGACUGUUGAACUCAGGAGAGUGUAUUUGCCUGGACUCUGCCUUGUCAUUAAAUUAUACCCAAUUUUUCAGAACCACUGUCACAGAGGAAGAAAGACUUGGAGAUGUGGUAUGUUACCAAAUGUUGAAAAGGCUGUGGAGUGUAACGAAGUAAAUUCUUUUCGCUCAGUGGGUAAGAAGGUAAAUAGUGAGCUAAUUUGCAGGGAGGUGGAGUUGAGGUUUCAAAAAUUAAGGAGUUGAAAUAAGCUGUCCUAUACUUAUUGCUGGACAUUUGUAAGACCAGACUGGACAAAUGCUUGUCAAAGCCAGUGUAAAUACAGCUGCCUUGGAGGUAGGUAGCUGUAAGGAUGGCUGGGUUUUUUGUUUCUGCUUUUUGUUCUAUGGCAAAUUUUGGCAAAUCAUACCUUUUUAGUGGCUGCUGACCUAUUACUACUCUGUAAUCUGUGAAGGAUCUGCAGAUGUCAGUGAAAGACCAACUACUUUUACUUUCUGAUUCAGAAUUAUGUUCUGGUGCUCAGCAGUCUUUUUGUUGGUGUCCUUUCUUUUUCCUCUCUUCCUUUUUUAAAAAUCAGUAUUAGCUAAAUGCAAGAAAUAACCUCUUCCUUCACUAGCUGCAUUGGCAUUUUCGUGCCCAGCUUAUUGUUUUGUUACUCCUGUGACUAUUCUUUCUUUUCUGUAUCUCUAAAUUUAGCAUGAUCAGACUGUUCAUAAUACGAUUUUUUACUUAGACUAGUUACAGUCUCUUUAAACAUUUGAAAUAGAAAAGGGCAUGUAUGAAAAUAAAGUUAAUUCCAUUUUUGGAAUUAACUAAUCAAUGCACUUUGAUUUAGAAAAAAGGAAGUAAUCUUCUUAAGUGACUCUAGAAACGUUUUAUAGUCCAGUUUUCUUUCUAAUUUGUUCUCUCCUAAAUAAAAAAUUUAUUCCCUGUAAUUAACUAAAAGUUGUUCUCUAAACUUAAACCAUUACUACUUUAAUCUAAAAAUAAGCUGUUCUCUAGGGAGAUAUGAUAGUACAGCUAUAAAAAAAAUUAAACGUCCAUCUAUGGCAGCUUUUUAUUGUAGAACCUCCCUUAGGAUUAAAGUAUUGCCCUUACUGAAAACAAAUGUUCUAAUAGUUGAAUCCCUUGUAAAGGUCUCUCCAGUCCAGCAGAGCUAUUUUGUAAAUCAUCUGGGAAACUUGCCAGGCUUGUUUGAUGUGCACUACAAAAAAAUAAACAGAUCUUGCUUGAAAGACUAUGACACUGUUCCCUAGCAUGGCUCCAGAUUAGUUUUUGUCUACUGCUGUGAAAAGCUGUUCACAUAUAAAUAGGUAGUAGUUAGACCUUUAUUACUUAUUUCAGACUUCUAAUAAGUCAUUAUAGCUUAAUUUACAGAAACUGAACAGAUAAGUAGCAUUUAAGACUUCUGCACCCUCAGCCAAUAAAUUUGUUACAGAAAGCAUAUAGUUUUGGAGAAUUUGGCUCAGAUCUUCAGAUGCAGAGGAAGAAGGCAGACACAAAUGUGUGUUUAACUGUUGACAGAAAAGGUUUGUUCCAGUGUUUUGAGGCGCUAGAUUUGUGCUUUGUGGCCUGACUUUAACUGAUGUUACUUGAGAGUUCCUGUAUGAAACAGAAUUCCUGAGUUGGGCACUACUUCAAUGACAUAAUAUUGCUGGUUGCUUGUGUUCACUGCUGCUCUUGAGUUCAGGGUUUUUUUCCCCUAAACUGACAUGUUCUCAAGUAUUUUCUUAGUGACCUCUAUGGUAUUUCAGCUUAUCCUAGUUCUUGCUGGCUGUGUCAUUUGAAGCUGUAGCUUCUCCGUGUCUCCAAGGUCCAUGUUCUCAGCAGACUCCAUUUUAUCGGUUAAUUUUAUUUAGAAUAUGCUUAGUGGCACAUAAAGUAGUAGACAGACAGCUGAUGGUUGAAGUCAGAAUUUUGAGUUGAGCUCUUGCACAUCCAUUGUAAGCUGCAGGUAAACAAAAACUUAGACUACUGGUGCAGUGAAGCUAUGUAACAUCUUUCAUUCCUACUAUCCUUUCAAAGUUGUGUGUGUUUUGCACUGUGAUGUGACUUGUCAGUUUGUCCAUGUAUUUGUCCAUCAUUUUCAUGAGUACCAGCUAAAUUUUCAGUUCUGUUCCUUUCUGUUAGGAUUUCACAUGCUAAAUUUGCAAUGCAUGGCAACCACUUCAUGCGAUUGUGGCGUUUUUUCCCAUUUCGGAGCAUCUGCUAACCUUUUAAUUGUGGUAUUUUCAUUCUAAAACUUAAUUUUCUUUUUUAUGCUUAUUUUUAUUCUUCUCUUGCAGGUGGAACUUUUAGAAGAAGCUUGUUUGCUAGCACUUUGGAGAAAACUGAAAACUCCCAAGAGAAGCAUACUAUUUAAGGAAAUGUAUUUAUGGCACUGUUGCAUUUUACAAGUUCUGUGGUGGCAUCCAUGCAAGGGUAAACACUACUGAUUUUACUGGUGAAAAGCCAUUAAGAUUUAAACACUUAAAUAUUGUUGACCUGUGUGGACCUCGUAUCAAAUGUUGGGCUUCAUCUUGGAGAGAAAACCUAAGGUUUUGGACAGGAAAGAUAAAAGCCUUAUCAAAUCUUAAUUAUUUUUUUUUUUUGUACUUAUACAAGCAUUUUUAAUGAACUCAGUAUUACAUGUAAUAUGAUUACCCUAUGGAUAAACUGUGUUCACCCUUCUAGUCUAUCUGGAUUUUUCUCCUUUGUUCUGCCCCUCCAGAAUUGACGAGUGUUUGCUGAAGAUAAAAGCAAGCCUUUGGAAGAUGAAAAUACUCUUUUAAUCUAACCACUAGUAGCCAAGCAAAACAUACAGGGAGAUAAUGAUGUCAGCCAAAAUCUGCAUGUGCCUUUAGUACAUAAGCCCUUGGACUCUGAAGGUUACUUCAUAUUAGAGUGGUUCAGUUAUAUGCAGAUGUUAAAUUGUUUUCGUCCUCCUCCUUAGCUCCCCCUUACUACUUCACAUAGGCUGAAGAGCAUUUUUUUCUACGUAGUUGUGUAAGCUCUUGGGAAGGUUACUCUCCUCAAGGCCACUUGUUUUCCCGUUUUCUUGUACCUACUCUCUUGUGUUUGAAGAAUGCCUAAUAGUUCUGCCUUUUUUUUCUGUUUUUAUCUGCAAGUUCCUAAGUAAGCUAAGGCAACAUAUUUCAACCAUUAGAUAAGGAUAUGGAAUAUUUGGCAUUAAAAAUUUUCUUACUAAAGUACUUCAAAGUGGCUUUAUUGGGCUGAGGGUAGCUUUUUUUCAUUGGCAGUGAAAUCUUGAGCCAGUGUCACUGCCUUCAUAUUUUAAGUGUGACUUACUGCUAAAAAUACCAGUGAUGGUUUUGUGAUAUUAAUUCUUUGUGUCAACUUAUCAUGAUUUCUACUUUGUCCUGUUACUUAUUAUGUGGAGGCAAAUCUUUGCAAUACUUCAGCAAACUUUGCUGUGUAAUAGAAACUGAAGAAUAUAAUUUGUUCUGAGUGCCUAAGAAUAUAAGUUCUAAUGUAAGGCAUUUUAGUAGAGAUUGCACUAUAUUCUGAGAACUAUAAAGUAAUUUGUUUUAUGAACUCAGUUAAAAUCAGGUUUUGUAUUGAAAUUGAUCUAUUUUAAAUUAAUGCUUUCAAUCUUUUUAGUCCAAGUGCUCUAAACUGUGUUUCUUCUUCAGAUCUGAGAAUUGGGUUUCUUCAUCAGUUUACACAGUGUUAACAAUCAACAUGUACAAAGAUAAAAUUUGGCUCAUUGCUUAUGUAUUAGAUACUCCCAUGUCUUCCCAGGAAACAUGAAGUUUAUUCCACUCUUGCUGAAAGUAUGUGUUGCAGAUGGUCUUCUACUUGUAUCCAUGAGAUACUGUCUGGACUUCAUAGAAUCAUAGAAUGGUUUGGGUUGGAAGGGACCUUAAAGAUCAUCUAGUUCAAACCCCCCUGCAAUGGGCCGGGACAUCUUCCACCAGACCAUGUUGCUCAAAGCCCCAUCCAACCUGGCUUGGAACACUUCCAGGGAUGGGCAUCCACAUCUUCUCUGGGCAACCUGUUCCAAUGCCUCACCACCCUCACGGUAAAGAAUUUCUUCCCAAUGUCUAAUCUAAACCUCCUCUGUCAGCUUAAAACCAUUCCCUCUUGUUCAGUCACUAUAUGCCCUUGUAAAAAGUUCCUCUCUAGCAUUCUUAUAGGCCCUUUUAGGUACUAAAAGGUUGCAAUAAGGUCUCCGCAGAGCCUUCUCUCCUCCAGGCUGAAAAAGCCAAACUCUCUCAGCCUGUCUUCAUGGCAGAGGUGCUCCAGCCCCUCUGAUCAUCUUCAUGGCCUCCUCUGGACUCUCUCUGACUGGUCCACAUCCCUCUUGUGUUGGGGGCCCCAAAACUGAAUGAAGUACUCUAGGUGGAGUCUCAUGAGACCUGAGUAGAGGGGGAGAAUCACUUCCCUUGACCUGCUGGCCACGCUUAUCAGUACAUACAUACACUUAACAAUAUAUACAUUUCACCAAUGCUGUAUUUUGGGGAAAACAAAACAAUAAACAAACCCCAAAACAACCCAUCAUCAAACAAAGUUCUGAAAAGAUUAAAUAGUUUACUGUUCCUUUUAAAAUGUAUAUUUUUUUAGAGAGAUUAUCCAUCAUUGAGAACCCAAAAUAACUGUUCAGCCUGAACUGAAACUUGAGUGUUUUAGCAACCCUGCUCCCAUUAAUUUAAACCUUACUUAGGAAAUCUCUUUAAGAUAAACACCAAACUCACCUUACAGGCAUACACUUAAUAUUGUUGAUUUUUAUUUUUUUUUCUUCAAGCUUCACUUAAUUAUUUAUAUGAGGAGCUAAUAUUUCUAGAAGAACUUAAUUAGUAUUGGUUAUAGUAAUUAGCUUCAGUUUCCAAGAGAGGGAGAGCUACGAGUAUAAAAUCUUACUGGAAAAAGAGAAUAUUGGGCAAAACCAAGCUGUUUAAAUAACUCUCAGAAAGGAGAUACACAGUUAUAGACUGUUCCAAAAGCUUUAAAAACAAAAAGGGGGGUUAUUUUGAUAAUGUUGUUUGGCAUAUUUUGAUACAUGAUGGGUUAGUACUGCAAGUAAAUUUGCCAAAAAGGUGGAAGAAAGCUGAAACAGAAAUAUGUAUUUUUUUACUUAAUUUAAAAGUAGUUUCUAUUUUGAUUCCAUUGGAGAUAUGUAGAAUAAAAGAAAUGAAAAUGUGUUGGAUAUGUAAAGCAUUAUUUACGUGUAUAAAAUCCUUAAGGUAUUACAAGACCUGAUAUGUGCAAGAAUUGAAUUUGUGCAUUGCUACUUCAAUAAGAGGAUUUAGAAACUGUGCCUGUUGCAUUGCAUUUAACACUACACUCUGCUAUUUUGUAGGGGUAUGGAUAUUGCCAUAUUAGUCCGCCUUUCUUAAAUUUGCAUAUCAGAUGUAUUUUUAACAAAAUAGUUUAUAUACAACUUUUGUACUACCAAGAAGUAAAUAAAAAAUAUUGAUUCUUAA